GCCUCAUGUUUGUCCAACCAACAUCUCACCUUCAAGUCCAGUCCCUAAAGGAAACUUGAAACUGUCUUCAUUUACAUUUAACUUCAGUCUGAUGACUUAGUGGACUCAGGAGACUGCAUGAAACCCUGGAUUGUGAAAUGCUGGACUCUAAGGAUGUACCGUUAUUAAGCAAAAAUAUUUUUUAUUCUUUUGUGCAUCCAUUCCAUCAGAAACAACUAAACAAGUCCCUCCGGUGUGCAAACCAAAUCCUUCGAGAAACGAAUAGGGAGAUCCGACAAGAAAACAAUGCCUUACGUAUGGAGAGCAAGGCCAUUCGUAAAGAGAAUCAUAUCAUCCGGGACACAAAUGAUAUUCAAUGGGAGGAGAACAAUGGACUCAAAGAUAAUAAACUAAAUGUCUUGGAAGAGAGAAAAUUCAUUGAAAAGCAAGAAAUGGCUCUCCAGAAACAGAACAAAGCCCUCCAAGAAGAGAUUAAGUCACUCCGUGAGCAGGAAGUAGCUUUUAAAAUGGAAGAAAAGGCUCUUCAAGAGGAGUUACUAGCUUUGUGGGAGGAGAACAAGGCCCUGCAAGAACAGAUUAAAGGUCUGAGAAAGAACAGUGCGACUCUGGUAGAAGAGGAAAAGUACCUUCAGCAAGAAAGGAGAGCCCUCCAAGAAGAAGAAGCUUCUCUUCAGGAAGAGAAUAAAGCUCUCAGGGAAGAAAGAAAAGCUCUUGAAGAGGAGGACAAAGCCCUGAAGGAAGAGAAUGAGGUUCUGCAGGAGUGGAAGAAGCUCCUCCAAGGGAACAACAACAUACAGAUAGAAGGCCAGGGCCCAUAAUCUCAAACACCAGUAGGAACAAAAACCCAUGAACAAGGCAUACUGAUAAAUAUAGAGAAAACAACCAG